AGCCAAUUUGCAUAUUAGCUAAGUAUUUAGCUAGCAACCUGAAUAUGUUAAAUAUUUGUUAGUUUGAAAACAUUGUUGGUUUGGAAAAUAAGUAUUUACUUUGGAACUAAGUGCAUAGCUUGCGAAUUAAAUAUUUAGUUUGCAACUUUUACAAUUAUAAAUGUUGGAAUGGCUUGCUGAAAUAUUAACACCCACAUUUUUUUCUCUAACAGGCCAAAAACAGCAAAUUAUUGCUGUUAAUUUUUUAUUGUGUGACUUUACAAACGGCAUUCUAUAGUUGGCUGACGCAUGUUGUAAGGAAAGUACAUAACCCAGCAAGUGAAAACCAGGCUAUUUUCUCUAUAGGUGUUUUGAGUAUUUUGACAAAAUGUCCGGAUUCUUCCAGUUGUUGAUGAAGAAGAAGGAGUUGAUUCCUAUUGUGGGAUUCAUGGCUUUUGCUGCAACAGGAUCAUCAUCAGUUGCCAUCUAUUUUCUGUUCCACAAGAAUGAUGUGAUUUUGAACAGGACUUCAAAUCCAGAACCUUGGGAACGAGUGGACCCAUCAAAACCUCAAAAGUUUGUCACCAUCAAUCAGAAGUGGGAACCAGUGGAGACUCUGGAAAUGGUGAAGUCCAUGACCAAAUAAGAAAGAGGCGCAAGCAUGAUUUCUGAAGUUGUUUUUUGUUAUUUUUGGCUGACCACAGCUUGAGAGCUGAUUAUUAUUAUUAUUUUUUUUACUUUAACUGUUAAUUUUACUGUCAGAUGCCUCAAAUAUAAUAAAAUAUGUGUUGCUGUCUGAAUAUAAAAAGAUAUAACCCCCGACUAUUGCGCAGUAUAUUUUCAAUAAAGCCGAGCUUUUAUGUGGCUUAGA